AGCACUACUGGGUUAAAAAAGUUUCUGGAACUACGACUAACCUGACAGACGCAUAACAGUGAGUCAAGAAAGAGAGCAAUUAUCAAGCUCUCAACAGGAAACAAUUGGCUAGUUAAUGUCAUCUAACCAAAAUAUGUUAUAGCAACACGGAUAUUUCGGUUUGAUGUACUGAAGCGAUACAGUCUAGCUAUUCGCCAUGGUCCACAAAUAUGACACAGAGCGAGCAGUGGGACUGCUGUCAGAGUACCAGGCCAGCCUCACCCACCCAGAAGAGGAGGCUCUGAAGAACAAUGUGGGGAAGGUGUCUGCCAUCUUUGGCAGUCAACUCUUUCAAGCUCUGCUGGAUAUCCAGGAAUGCUAUGAAGUGACCCUGCAGCUGAACACCACAGAGAGCGGACUGAAGGAGAAUGGAGCCGAAGAGGAGGUGGUCGAGGAGGAGGUAGGAAGACCUCAGGAUGAAACACUUUAUUUCUUCAGUGGACAGUCAUGUAUAGCAACAGACCUCAGGAUGAAACACUUUAUUUCUUCAGUGGACAGUCAUGUAUAGCAACAGACCUCAGGAUGAAACACUUUAUUUCAUCAGUGGACAGUCAUGUAUAGCAACAGACCUCAGGAUGAAACACUUUAUUUCAUCAGUGGACAGUCAUAUAUAGAGCAGCA